AUGCCCCCAAGAUACCUUUCGAACAAUUUCUCUUCUCUGCCCCACCUUUCUACAAUCAUAAACCUUGAGCCAGCAAAGGAGCCAUGGUGUGCAGGAUAUGCCCCCUCACAAGGCCGACGCUGCCAUGCGAGAACAAAUGCACACGGUCGUGGCUGCGCGAUUGAUCUUCUCGAUGAGGCUACUGAAAACCUUCGAGCCGGAUGCUGUAUCGAUGAUCUGCUUAAACAAUUAGCUCCACAUGUACUGUGUCGGACGUUUCAUCAAAAUCAGGCAUCAGAUCUUGUCCGUCGCUGGCGAAGACAGGUCUCCUCGUUUGUUGAAUCUCUACGUUCACGUACGACACAAGGAACUACCCAAGAACCCACCGGCACUCUCCGCCAGGUUCGUGGUGGACAGACAGCAGAGGAGCGAAGAGAGAUUCUACUACAAGAAAUGAAACAAAGAAUGAAUGAGCUUCUGAGAAUUGAACUUUAUGGGCAUUUCUCCUCCGUUUCCCCGGAUUCUUAUGCUGUUAUCGGUGCCCGGCGAAUGAUGAGAACCGCUAGAACAAUCGGCAACAGCACUGCCACUUCUGCCGAUCACAGUUCACAAACCAGAGGUGACACCAUACUAUUCUCCGAGGCUCCUACUCGAAAUCAGUCAGAUAUCACAGAAAGGCAAGAGCCAAGCAACAAUACAAGCAUUCGCAACAUACCGGCUGCAUCAGAUCAGCUCCAUGGCCGCCGGUCCGAGGUUGAGUCCACACUAGCACACACCUCAGACCCAAACCCGCAAGAGGUCAAUAUAGAGAGAUCGUCAUACCCGGUCGCUUCAGCUGUCCACACUACCGGUGUCAAUCGUCGGCCUGUGGAGGGAGAUUGUGGGAUUUGCCUCUGUGAUUUGCAGGAACCCCAAUCUUACAACACCGAUGGUGAAGAUGAUGAAAAUGAUGAGGACAAAGAUGCUGAGGAGCAAUAUUACUCUUUAGGCGAGGCUGAAAGUGAAGAUGAAGAUAAUUACGAUGAUGAUGAAGAUUCCAUCAGCAUAUCACUGGGGGAUGGUGAACUGGUAUGGUGCAAAGCGCAAUGUGGAGUCAAUUUUCACAAAGGAUGCAUUGGUCAAUGGCUUGCACCAGGUCACUACACAUGUCCAACCUGUCGGAAUGAGUGGAGGUGUUAA